UUCCAGUUUUCAGUUGCGCGACGACUUGCAUUGCGAGCGGACGUGUUAAAAACGGUUCGGAUGUGAAGUGAUUGUCGAAAACGGAGCCAUAGAAAACUGAACGAACGUCGAAUUAUUUAAGUGCGUGAGUGUGUGUGCGAGUAGUGUACAAGUGUGCGCGUAUCGCGAAUAAUUCGCCUGCAGCACCCGUUACGACCAAGUAUUUAAGUAUUUUGGAUUGCGAUUGGAAUUGGUGCCGUUAACUCCGCGCGCGCGGUCCUUGUUUUCAUUGAGUGUUGUUGUUGCUUUUUGAUUAAAGGCCCAACCCCCCUUCCAGCGUUCCUUUGAAAGUCGCGUAAGAAUAAAAGCAAAAGAAAAAAGGAAAGCCAAACAAAAACAAAGCUGUAGCAACAACAACAAAAACAACAGUAGAAGAAGUGUUGCCUCUCUGUCUGUCUGUGUGCCAAGUGAUAGCUAAAAAUUGUUGUUGCUUGCGGUAUUUUGGAAAUUAAAUUAUGUUAAGUGCAUAAAUCGUCGAUGCAGCAGCCCCAAAAACAACAACAACAACAGAAGGAGCAGAAGAAAAAGUGAAGUGAAACACCAAGGUGUAAAAGCCAGAGAAGUAAAAGAGUUGAAGUUCAAGUAGAAGCAGAAGCUGAAACCAACAACUACAAGAACAACAACAACAAAAGAAACGGAACAACUGGAACUACACACAAGCUUGCAUACAUAUUGCCAACGAGCGCGAGAACUAAAUAAGUUGCAAUGUGAAGAGCGGCUCUCGGCUUUAGAACAAGUGAAAAUCGCGUGGAAGCCAAAAACUGAAAUCGAAAAACAAAAAACAACAAGUAAAAAGUAAAAAGUGCUGAGAAACUUGUCGAGCAGCCGAGCCCCGAAGGAAGCCCAGAAGCAUCUGCUGUGACGAUUGACAAGACAGAAACAAAAGCAAAAUCCGAGGAAGAGGAAAAGGAAGUGAAGGUGGAAGUGGAAGUGGAUGAGGCAACAGCCAAAGCCACAACGACGGCAAGUGGCAAGAGUUUGACAAGUGGCACAAGUGCCACAACUGGCAGCACCCCAAAAGCACGCAGCUAGUUUUUCUAACCUCUCCAGCUGCUCUCCCCUGGUUCAUCUUCAGCUGACAGUCCAUGGCCGCGUAGCUUUUGUAUGCUGCUCACAUGCCAUGGCCAGGCAACAUCCACAGCAACCUCAACAACAACAGCAACAGCAACAUCAACAUCAACAGCAAAGGCAAUAAGAAGAAGCCAAGUGGGUGGAGCGUCAACGCGAAGAAGAACAAUAGCAACAUUUCAGGCGCUAUGUGCUGGCCAAAUACCGCAACGAAACGUCGCCAGCAAACGAAAUAGAGCAUCGACAAGGACGCGCCAAGCACUCGCCGAGCAUUUGGCCAAAAAGGAGCAGCUGUGUUGCAGUGCCACACAUGUGUUUCUUUGCUGCCACAAGGACGUCCUUAAGCGCAGACCCCGCAGCAUCAACAGCAGCAUUCGAAAUAGACGCAGUUGAAGCGUCAGCAACGUCAGCCGCAUCAGCGGGAGCAGGAAGAUCCAGCGCAUUAGCCUAAAAGGAGGAAAAGUCGAGUAGAGUAGAGUCUUCAAUCGCAGCAUGCGCAAACACAAAGUGCCGCCCAGCGGCCACCCGAGUUGCAGUCCAAAUCCGAGUCCAAGGACAAUGACAAUGGCAACUGGAGACAACGAGACAAACACAGCGACACCCACAACGACAUCCACAGCGUCGUCAUCCACAGCAUCCACAGUCGAAAUGGAACAGCAACGCAUGCUGCUUGGCCAUGCCAGCGAUGCAGAUGCUGCCACCACAUCAACAGCAACAGCAACACCAACUACAAUUGCAGCCACAACUAGUCGCCUUGCAGCGCCCUCGACAGCCAGCUGUCAGCAGCGAUCGGCGGCACGAGCAAGUGCAGCCAGUUGCAAGGAGCGGCCGCGCUACACAGUCCAGCUCAUGACCUUGCUGCACAUCGCCUGCUACGUGCUCUGUCUGUGCGCCUUCAGCUUCGCCCUGUACGCGAAUGUGCGACAGACUCGCCUCGAGCAGCGGCUGCAGCGAUUGCAGCAGCUGGACGCACGCAUCGUUGAGCUGGAGCUGCGCCUGGAGCAGCAACAACUCAUCCACUGGCCUGCAGAGCAGGCCCAGAUCAUCGCCAGUCCCAAGAGCAACGAGAACGUAUCCUCAGACCAUUUGGCGCUGCAUGUGCGCCGCGAGCUGCAUCGCCUGCGUCGCGAUGUUUCCCACCUGCAACUGACACGACGCCAGCAGCGUCGACAGGCAGCGGAGGCAGCUGCAGCUGCUGCUUCGGCAGCUGGACAAGGAGGAAGCCCAGGAGCAGGUGCAGGUGGCAAUGGAGAGUGUCAGUGCCUGGCAGGUCCUCCAGGUCCCCCCGGCCCGCCCGGCAAGCGAGGGAAGCGCGGCAAGAAGGGAGAUGCCGGCGACAAGGGCGAAGCGGGUCUGAACGGCAUCAGCGGGGAGAAGGGUGCCGCUGGCAAACCCGGCGACAAGGGACAGAAGGGCGACACUGGCCACCCGGGCGUCGAUGUCUUCCAAACAGUCAAGGGACUGAAGAGAUCGGUGACAACGCUGCAUGGCGGCACGUUGGGCUAUGCGGAAAUUGUUGCUGUUAAGGGCGAACCAGGCGAGCCCGGACCGCCAGGACCACCAGGCGAAGCAGGCCUUCCAGGCGUGCCUGGCGAGCGUGGACCCCCCGGCGGAACUGGACCGCAGGGACUGCAGGGCGAGGUCGGCCAAGCAGGACCCGUUGGACCGCCUGGAGUGGCGGGUGCACCUGGCACAAAGGGUGACAAGGGCGAUCGCGGUGAUCGCGGACUCACCACAACAAUCAAGGGUGACGAGUUCCCUACGGGCAUCAUCGAGGGUCCGCCGGGACCUCCAGGACCACCUGGUCUGCCAGGAAUGCCCGGAGAGAGGGGCGAGGUGGGACCCAUCGGACCUGCCGGACCGCCUGGGGAGAAAGGACCUCGCGGCAAGCGGGGCAAGCGGAUAUUUGGACCAGGCGGCACCAAAUUGGAGGAAGACUACGAUGAGCCGCCAGUCACACUGUUGCGCGGUCCACCCGGACCACCAGGCAUCUCAGGCAAGGACGGACGUGACGGACGCGAUGGCAGCAAGGGCGAACCCGGAGAACCUGGCGAACCAGGCUCGUUGGGUCCACGUGGUCUGGAUGGCUUGCCUGGCGAACCUGGUAUUGAGGGACCGCCAGGAUUGCCGGGCUACCAGGGACCGCCAGGUGAGAAGGGCGAUCGGGGAGACAUCGGUCCACCUGGUCUGAUGGGUCCGCCUGGUUUACCAGGACCACCCGGAUAUCCUGGCGUCAAGGGAGACAAGGGCGACCGUGGAGACUCAUACCGUAAGAUGCGGCGUCGGCAGGACGAAGGCAUGGCCGAUGCGCCCCAUAUGCCCACCAUUGAAUACCUGUAUGGUCCCCCUGGGCCACCUGGUCCCAUGGGUCCGCCUGGACACACUGGAAGUCAGGGCGACCGCGGCUUGGACGGACGCAAGGGUGAUCCUGGCGAAAAGGGACACAAGGGCGAUCAAGGACCCAUGGGCUUACCUGGUCCAAUGGGCAUGCGCGGCGAAUCAGGACCUUCUGGUCCUGCGGGCAAAGCCGGAAUUCCGGUGUGGGGCGACUACUAAUACAACUUUAAUUAUUAAUAACAAGCACAUUGCGCCAAAAGUCAAAUGAAAUGCGACAUAAAGCUACAUAGCGAACACACACACAUAUAUUCACACACACACACUCUUAAGCACACUCACACAUAAUCACAGAGGAUGCAAUCAAGCUGAGGAGGAAGCAACAAAAUAAACAGAACAGAGAAGAAAAAGAAAAAGAAAUACGAAUAUAUAAAAGAAAAAAAAGUGCAUAAACUCGCAUAGGAAAUAUUAUCGCGCCUGCUGCGUCAUUCAGUUUUUAUCGUCGUAUAUCUAUGUAGUAUAUAGUCGCGUAUCGUAUCGAAUAUAGCGUUAGAGCCUAAUCAGAUCUCUGUGUAUAUGUAUGUAUAGAAAGUUGUACAUACAAUCGCCCUAUGUACAUACAUACAUACCAACCGAGAGCAUGCCCCAAUAGAUAUUUCCAUAUGUGUGUUUACGAGUACAUACUUAAUUAAGAAGAUCCCUAGCCUUGUCCGUCCCCGGUUCCCCACCUCACCCCGCCCCCCACAUAGAUAAAGCAUGCAACUAACCAGCGAAAGAAGUUGGAGAAAACUCCCAGUAAAUACAAAUAAUAAAUUCAUAUCAAUUGAAACACAACAGAGCCCAGAGAAUUGUGUGGUGAGAGCAGAGAGCCCAAUAAUUAUUUAUAUAUACAUACAUACGUACAAACAAACAAUGAACGAGCAAACAAACAUAAACAUGAGCCCAAUCAGCAUCAGGAGCAGACUCGAAAUGGGAAUCACAAUGAGAAUGAGAAACAAACGAGCAUAAUUAUUUCUAUACAAAAAAGCGAAGAGAAGGGCUAUCGAACAUGAUAUUUACAUCUAUCAAUUGAGUCAACCAAACUCAACUAAGUUCAGCCCGUCAAUACAUAUGCAAUUACAUAUACAUAUGCAGAGAAUACCUUUACAAACACGAAUACAUAUACACUUUCAUAUACAAAUUGAGAGGGAGUCAGGAACGGGUUCGAGGCAAGUACACAAAUAAGCACAAAGAGCCAAACAAAUAAACAAACAUGCAUACAAAUAUACAAUGCAAAUAUUUUAAUUGCAUUUCAUUUGCCGCUGCCGAGCAGAGCAGAGCAGAGCUGAGUCGAGCAGCAGCCACUGCCACAGCAGCAGUAACAGCAAUUGCAUAAAUCAUACGCAUCGUGGUACAUGGGAAAAAAUGAAAUAUGAAUCAUUCAGCAUGCGUAGCUUUGAAAAAAUAAAUAAUAUUGAGAUCUGAAAACAUAACUUGAUGCAAGAGACAAGAUUCUUAAUCUAUUCAAAACAUUCAUUGAUUGCCAGCCAAUCAAUUCAAAAUUCGAGAUUGAGGUGUUGUGUCUUUGUUGCUGAUGUUGCUACUGUUGCUGCUGCUGUUGUUGCAGUUGCUCCUUUUGAUUGCUGUUUUCAAUAGCUGCAUUGUUAUAUUGUUGCAUUGUCGUAGGUGCCGUCCAGAGGCUUUGUCGAAUAAUCAAUUUAUAGUAUACAAAGCGAUAUAUUCAGUGCUUGACAAAGGAAAUGAAAACACACAGAAAUAUAUUUAUAAAUACAAGCAAACCAAGAUACAUCAUGUAAGUGAAACAAAUCAUUCGGCCAGAGCUGCAGUAUUACUCCCAAAUAACUCUGUACAAUGUUGUAAACUAUAAACUAGCAUCUCUAAAUUAUCCUGUUCGAUGUGUUUUAUGUCUACAACAAAUACGAAUUGGAAUAAUUGAUAACAAAUCUCAGCACACUCGUAAAUAAAAUGUACACGUAAUGCGAUGCGAUAACAACAAAGAGCUAUCUUCCAAAUGUGCAUAUUUUUCAGUGUUGUCUAUGUUUAUCGUGUGCACUCUGAAGCGCGCUGUCACAUAAAUUAGUUAGGCUAAAGUUUAAAUAUAUAUAUAUUUACAAUAAAUACUAUAUGUAUAUUCGAGUAUAUAUCAAAUGACAUUUGAAAGCACAAAAACGUGUGCCAUCGGCUGGCCGGUGAAGAGCAGAUACUGAAAAGAACGGCCUCUGUAUACCCUUUUCCCCUUCCCCCUCCACCUUAUCAAUUGAUGAUAUAUCAUACAUAAUUGUAGCAUGUCUCCUAUUGGUUUCAUCACACAUCUCAACUAUAGCAACAAAGUGCUGCUGUAUGAAUUCACAUUUAAUAAACGAGAAUUUGACAUGCGCCAUUUCUAAGGCCACAAAUAUAAAAUGUCAACUCUGAAAACAAUAAAUGGCAAAUGCUAACGAAAUCAAUUAUACGAUAUGUAUGUAUAUACAUAUGUGUAUUUGGUAAUAUAAUAAAAGUGGCUCAGCAUUUGCAUAUUUUCAAACACUGGCAAAUAAAAAAAUGAAAAAAGAGAGAAGCGAAAUCAAUGUAAAGCCCAUGAAUAUGCAUAAUAUGGAAUAAAGCCUCCAAGGAUUACGCAAAAUGUUUCACAAAAUCACAAAGAAUAGUAUGUCAAUUUGUUUUCAAUUAGAUAUAGAUGCAGAUGUCAGUCCCAAUUGGAAACCUACCCGCAAACAUUUUGCAUGUCAAUUUUUAAUUUAUUCGCAUUCAACUCUUAAUGAAUACGAAUACAUAUAUGAAUAUGAAUACGAAUACGAAUACGUUAGAUUAGCCAACCUCGAGGUGUAUAUAAAAUGUCAACUAAGAAUAAGCUAUGAUACUUGCUACUCUUACUUUCACUUGAUCAGCUUUGGAAUGACGCAAAGUGGAGUCCAACUAAUUCACAUUCUCUUUAUCUAUAUCUAACUAUAUGCCCUCUCUAACUAAAGCCUUUUGUCUAACUAAACUCAUUGUAAUCAUGAUCCAUAGGCUAGAAUAAUUAAUUGUUCGAAUUACAAAAAUGCGCAUUACUCUUAACUUUAACUUUAACAUGUACUUUAACUUUAAAUUUAACAUUAACAUUAACAAUAAUAUUAUACAUAAACAAGAAAUGAAAAUGAAAUUGAGAACAGAGAACAGAUCGAAAUGAAUAUUGACAUUAUAAGCUGCUAACGUUAAUCAUAAGUGUACAUUUGUUAAUUACGUACUAAACAAAGUUUUUGCAAUUAAAUAACAUAAUUAUACUUAUGUAUGUAUUUAUGUGUAUUUAUGUCUAUACACGUAGAGAUUGUGUACUAUAUGUAUGUUGCAAUUUGCCAUUGCCAUUGCCAUAGCCAUUGCCAUUGCAUUCGCCAAUUGCUAAUUGCUAAUUGUAAUUGUCAUUGUCAUACGCCAUUUGCCAUUCGCUAUUGGCCAUUGCAAUUGGCCCUAAUGAAAACAGAAUGAGACCGAAAUGAAUGUAAAACGCUAAUCCAAAAGGCAUCGCCUUGACAGGGCAGCAAAUUGUAAAGCGGCUAACGAAAUCAAUAUCAUUUUCAUAUUAAUUAUGCAUUUUCAAUAAAGUGAUGGAUUUUUACUAAAACACUCUGUUUGUGUCUAUGUAAUAUUUA